UUCCUCCAGUGGUGAGUGUGACAGUUGAUGUUCCUCCUGUCAUUGGGGAGAAUGAGGUUAUCUUGGCAAUCUGUGUGGCUGCUGGUGCCAAGCCACAGGCAGAUGUAAAGUGGAAGACCGGUACAUUUGGGAGUUUGUUGAAGACAGUGACUAACUCCACCCAGCACGCCAACGGCACCACCACAGUCCUCAGCCACCUGCUCGGGGUGCCAACCAGAGCAGCCAAUCAGCAACAGGUCCAGUGUGUGGUCAACCAGUCUGCCCUGGUAACAGAAAGGAGCUACAACUACACCAUAGACAUCCACUAUCCAUCUCAGACAGUGAACGUUACACUUAGUGAGACCUCUAAAGCCACAGUCUUACUAUGUGUAGCAGAUGGUAACCCACAACCCAACUACACCUGGAGCAGAGUGGCCCAGCCAUGGCCUGGGUCUUCAGUGAGAGCAGAAGGAGACACACUGCACCUCCUCAGUCUCAGCUCUGAGCUGAAUGGUCUCUAUGUCUGUGAGGCAUCCAACCCCUACGGACGAGCAACUGGCUCCCUCUAUGUCCACACAUCCUCUGGAAAAUGUUUGCAUCAGCGCCACGAUGGUUGUUAUGGCAACAAAAUSAUAUGUAAUUGUAAAUACAGACUGUUUCUUAUUAACUGUAUCCCCACUCCUCACAGAGACCUCUGCUGUCUGUUGGGUUCUACUUUUUGCCAUUCCGUGUCUGAUUGUUGCUGCUGCACUUGUAUGGUACCGGUGCAAAAACAGACAAUUUACUUGGAAUACAAUCAUUGCCAAUCACCAGUUCCAGGCACCACCACAGGUUGAGGAAGAUGAACCUGGGACAUCUGGGUUCUAACACUCCAAACCAGGAAGGAGGAAGUACUCAGGAUG